AUGGGGCGCGUGAAGCUGCCGAUCAAGAGGAUCGAGAACAACAACAACCGGCACGUCACCUUCUCCAAGCGCCGGAACGGCCUCAUCAAGAAGGCAUACGAGCUCUCCGUCCUCUGCGACAUCGACAUCGCACUCCUCAUGUUCUCCCCAUCGCGCCGACUCUGCCCCUUCUCCGGCCGCCACGGGGUGGAGGACGUGCUUCUCCGGUACCUCAACAUGUCCGACCACGACAGGGGCGAACCCAUCCAGAAUCGGGAGUACCUCAUCAGCAUGCUCCAGAGGCUCAAGCGCGAGAGUGACAUGGCCACACAGCUAGCAAACCCGGGGGCACUGAACGAGAAGAUAGAGGAGAUUCAGCAAGAGAUAUACGCCUCCCAGCAGCAGCUGCAAAUCUCCGAGGAACGCCUCAGGCUGUUCGAGCCUGAGCCCGCGGCGUUCGGCUCGACGAACGAGAUCGACGGCUGCGAGAAGUUCCUCAUGGACAUGCUCACCCGCGUCGUUGAGAGAAAGAAUUACCUGCUGAGCAAUCACAUGGCGUUCGACCCGACGGCGCCCGGGAUGCAGGGUCCGAACGGCGCGCCGAUGUACGUGCACCCGGCGCAGGCGGAAGGCAUGGGCUCCUUCGCCAGCGACGCCGCGCUGUGGGCCGCGGAGGCCGGGCCCAGCUCCGGCCACCAUAUCUUUGGCGCCACCGACCCCAUGAUCUACCUCAGGGACCAGGACGUGUACGACGCCAACACGCAGGUGGCCGGGCUGCACGGCGGCGGCGGCGACCCGUGCGGCGGCGCGAGCGACGUCGCCGGGAGCAGCAGCCAGGCGGACGCGUGGCGGCAGGCGUACACCUGCACGGAGCUGCUGUCCACGCUCAUCCCCAACGCGCCAUUCCCUCUGAUGCAGCACUGCCUGGGCCCCGACGACCAGUACCUGCAGGCGAUGCCGCCGGCCGAGAUGGUGGUGCCGGCAGCGGCGCAGGACCAGGUGGAGGCGUCGGCCAGCUGCUCCUACAACAUGCCCACCAGUGACGAGACCGGCACGCCCGUCCUGGCCUACGACAGCGGCGCCGUGCCCGUGCCGCCGCCCAACAUCGCCUGA